UUUUCUCUGCAGAUCUGGUGUCUGUAGCUGAGACUGAAAACACCAGUGUGGGAUCCUCUAAAAGAUCAGGUCCUCUGGGACAGACGGCCUCCCCGAGCAGGACUGUGGAGAGCUAAUUGACUGACGGACUUGGGGAGUUGAGCUGCAGCAGCUGAACCGAGAACUACCUCUGUGCAGAAAAACAACCAUUUUACUUUCCAUUCUGCUGCCUGAGACAACCACAUCCUCCUCACACAUACCCCAGGCUCUAAUGGAGAGCUCAGAUGUGGAGCUGGACCUCCAGCGGAGCGUGCAUGCUGUGCUCCGGGAGCUCAGCGCCCAGGCCCCGGCCCUGCAGAAGCACCAAGGUAUGUGGAGAUGGUCCCUGCACAAGAAGGUCGAGCGAGAUCCUGGUAAGAGUCCGGCGCUGGUCCGAAUUCUGCUCCGAGAACUGGAGAAGGCAGAAAGGGAGGACGUCCGGCAUGUCAUCAUUCCCUUGCUGCACACUCUAAUGUACGUGCUCACUAAGGCCACCGGCAUCACGGAGGAGCUCUACCGGAGGACCUACGCCUUUUGCAUGAAGUCACUGACCCUGCCCGCCCCCUACUGUACGGUUGCCCUGGACUGCGCCAUAAGGCUGAAAACAGAGAAGGCCGUCCCAGGAACCCUGUACCAACGGCUGAUCAUUGCUGAGCAGAACUUGAGGAGUGAACUGUAUCCCUACCAGGAGAGAGUGUUCCUCUUCGUGGAUCCUGAGCUGAUAUCUCCCUCGGUGUGCAGUGCCCUGCUGCUGGAGAUCGAGGCAGCCCAGGUGCAGCAGACACCCGAGGCCUGCAUGCGCCAUGUGGUCUCCCACGCCCUGCAGGCAGCCCUGGGGGAGGCCUGCCACACAGGUGCUCUGCAAAGGAAGCUGCAGGCCAGUCCCCGCCGCGCCCUGGAGCGCUAUUUCCACGCCGUGGUGACAGCCGUGGAGCAGAUGGCUAGCGAGCCCAGCCCGAGUCGGGAGGGACACCUGAGAACGCUGGAAGAGAUUUACCGCUCGUUGCUGGGGCCGGCGGUGGCCUCCAGGGGGCGCUGCAGCGGUGACCCCGUCCCAGAUCGGCCGCCGAGCACCCCUCUGCCCAGCCCGCACAUCACCUUCCGCCUGUGGACGGAUGAGGAGCAGCUGUGGAAGGAAUUGGUGUUCUUCCUGAAGCCACAAUCCCAGCUCCACCUCAGUGCUGACUUGGACGCCUUGGAUUUGCAGGGCUUCCUGCCAGACCGGGAGCUGGCCCGGGUGUCCAUGCUGUCCACCGACAGCGGCAUCGAACGAGACCUUCCUCCAGGGGCUCAGGAGCUGCCUGCACCCAGCAGCCCUGAAAUGGAGCACACUGUGCUGCAGCGCAAAGGGGGCAUCAAGAAGCGGGUGUGGCUACCGGACAUCUUGAUGCCCAGCAGCUGGGAUGGGCCCCCAGGGCUGCACCGGAGGACAGGCAGGCCAAGUGGGGAUGGGGAACUGCUCCCCGGGGUCUCCCGGCUGCACACCGCCCGGGUGCUGGUGCUAGGGGAUGACAGGAUGCUGGGGCGCCUGGCCCGGGCCUACCACAUUCUCAGGAAACGAGAGAUGCAGAUGUUCUGCCUUACUCCUAGACUCAGCCUGCAGCUCUACUACAUUCCUGUGUUGACACCUGAGAAGCCCACAUCAUCCAGGCAUUUGGAGCUGGGAGAGCUGGCUGCGUUCCUGGGCCGUGCAGACCCGUGGUAUGAGAGCACCAUCAACACCCUGUGCCCGGCUAUCCACAAGCUGGCAGAGAUGCCUCCUUCCCUGGAUACAUCCCAGACUGUAGACCCUUUCAUCCUAGAUGUUAUCACCUACUAUGUUCGCAUGGGCACCCAACCCAUCUAUUUCCAGAUCUACACAGUCAAGAUCUUCUUCAGUGACCUGAGCCAAGACCCUGCAGAGGACAUUUUCCUCACUGAGCUGAAGGUGAAGAUCCAAGACUCCAAAUUCCCCAAAGACUGUUCCUCACCCAGGAAGAGAGGCGUGGCAGAGGGCCCAGGUGCCGAGCUCUCCCUUUGCUACCAGAAGGCCCUGCUCAGCCACCGUACCCGAGAGGUCACUGUUUCCCUGCGGGCCACUGGGCUGGUCCUGAAGGCCCUUCCAGCCAAUGACACUGAAGACCACAUGUGCCUGCGUGUCAGCCUGACGGAGGUUGUCAAGUCAUCCAACUUGGCAGGAAGGUCCUUCUCUAUGGUGACAAACACCUUCCGGACGGCCAGCAUCCGGAUCCAGAGCCAGGACCAGAGGCUGCUGACACUGUUGCUGGACAAGGACCAUCGGCGUACUUUCAGGGAUGUGGUCAGAUUCGAGGUUGCUCCCUGCCCAGAACCGUGCUCCGGGGCCCAAAAGUCCAAAGCACUAUGGCUCAGUUCACAGCAGCAGAAGGAGAUGGAAAGGACCAAAGCCGAGCUCAAACCCCUUCAAAUGCCCAUCAACACAUUCUCCGGCAUCGUCCAGUGAGCCUGAAGAGGCAGUGGAGGUGCUGAGUCUGAAAGCCACUGGCCCCAGAGGAAGGAUACACUAAGAGCCAGCGAGGGCCCAGAGUCCAGGAGGCUGGCUGUGGGGGGUGAUGGAGCCGGGCCUACACAAAGGCCCCAGGAUGGCCCGGGCAAAGCUGCACACACACAAAGCCCAGCUCCUUGUACAAAUGUCCACCCCUUCGUUGAUUGUCAGUUCCCACCUCUCCCACUCAAGCUCCCCACCCAGCCCUUAAAAGCAAAGUGAGAGCUGCUGUUCUGUCCAGGGCCCUGUGGCCUGGGGGAAUAUGGGAAGUAGGCAGAUGCAACUACAGCACCUCCUACCCAGUCUGCUCCCUUCCCUCACUCAGGCCUCUGCCCACCUCACCCACUCCCAGGCGGGCGCC